GCUGUGUGUUUUUAUGAACUCAACUCGCUAUUGCAGCAAUGCUUGCUUUAAAGCAAGAACAGAUUGUAUCUACAUGCAACCUGUAUAGCUCUGAAAGACAAGAUUCAUUUUUUUUAAAUAAAUUUUUCCUUUUCAAUUAAACUUCAAGAUGCUGCAAAACAAUACAUCCACAGUAUUAUUAGGACUGCUGGACAAUGCAGGAGAGUUGACUUUGGGCAACAGCUCCCGGAACACCACUUCUACGGAGUCCCCUGGAAUUGCAAUCUUUAUUUCAUUUGUCUAUUCCUUAGUUUGUAUUGUGGGAUUGUGUGGUAACUCUAUGGUGAUAUAUGUCAUCUUGCGUUAUGCCAAAAUGAAGACUGCAACUAACAUCUAUAUUUUAAAUCUGGCAAUUGCUGAUGAACUUCUCAUGCUGAGUGUACCUUUUCUGGUGACAUCAACUCUUCUCCGUCACUGGCCAUUUGGAUCUCUUCUAUGUAGGCUGGUUCUGAGUUUGGAUGCCAUGAACAUGUUUACCAGCGUCUACUGCUUGGCGGUUCUUAGUUUGGACAGGUAUGUGGCAGUAGUACAUCCCAUAAGUGCUGCUCGCUACAGGCGGCCGAGUGUGGCUAAGAUGGUCAACCUCGGAGUUUGGCUCUUUUCGAUUCUCAUUAUUAUGCCCAUUGUAAUCUUCUCCAGUACAGCGCCUAACAGUGAUGGGACAGUGGCAUGCAAUGUACAUAUGCCUGAACCUUCUCAACGAUGGGUUGUAGUCUUUGUACUCUACACAUUUCUAAUGGGCUUCCUCCUGCCUAUGGCUGCCAUCUGUCUCUGCUAUAUUCUCAUUAUCACCAAAAUGAGGGUCGUGGCUCUGAAGGCUGGCUGGCAGCAACGACGCAGAUCUGAGCGUAAGCUGACACUUAUGGUAACUGUAGUGGUGACAGUCUUCUUGGUCUGCUGGAUGCCUUUCUAUGUAGUGCAGUUAGUGGGUGUCUUUGCCAGGAAGGGGGACACUACAAUCAGCCAACUCUCUGUUGCACUUGGUUAUGCCAAUAGUUGUGCCAAUCCCUUCCUCUAUGGUGUCCUAUCAGACAAUUUCAGACGGUCCUUUCAGAAGGUCUUGUGUCUUAGUUGGAUGGAAAAUGCCACAGAAGAACCAGUGGACUACUAUGCCACAGCAUUGAAAAGCAGAGCUUACAGUGCUGAGGAUCUCCAGAAUGGCAUGUUGACAACGGGCAGCACAUACCGCAAUGGGACAUGCAGCUCCAGGACUCACUAGAGGAAAUACGCUUACACUUAACAAAAGUGAUUGCUUCAUAUACUCUAUGCCUUUCAGAGAAUGACACAACCACUCUUGAACAUUAUGGACUAACUACUCUAGUGCAAGAAAAAGAACUCCAGUUUAGAAGGGACUUAUUUUACUGCAUUUUAUAGUGGUACCAAAAUAUAAUUAUGCA